UCACAUCCGGCCUGCUGCUGGCCGCCAUGUUGGCGGCGCUGAGGUAUUGCGGUCCGCGCUCCUUCCCCGCUGCCGUCACCGGGCCUGUCCCUGCUUGGAGCCCGUGGUUGGUGCCGUGUCGGGGCCGCAAAUCGCGGCACGAUCCCCCCGCCAAAUCUAAAGCGUCGCGGCUGAAAGUGCCUCCUCCUGUCGACCCCGCCGAGCUCUAUGUGGUCACCGAACGAUACCGGCAGCACCGCCUGGUGCUCGGUGCCCUCCGCUCCAUCUUCAGGUCCGAGGUGGUGCAGAGGAAGCAUGAGGCACAAAAGGAUGCUGAGGACUCAGCAGCACUGUCAGAGGAGCACCGUUUGCUGAUGGCCUGGAACGAUGCUGAGAAUGCACGACAGCGGGCACGCAGAGAAGAAAGAAUUAGGAAAGAAGAGGAAGAACAGAAGAUGCAGAAGCUGCAGGCUGCGGAGAACAAAGCCAAAGUGAUGGAGGCCUUUCUGAAGGAGAAAGAGAAAGAAGUCCUGCAACUGCAGGAGGAAGCAAAAACCUUCAUCACUCCUGAGAACCUGGAGGCUCGGAUUGAGGAGUGCCUGGACAACCCUCGCAACUACAACUUCGCCAUUGACAAAGAGGGACGCAUCGUCAAGCGCACUGCACUGUCCUAGCAGCUCUGUCUCAUGGCUGAAGGGGAUGUGCUGGCCUGGCCUCCACCUGGAGGCCGGGGUUCUUCCUUUUAAUGCACAAAUCAGCCACAGAAUUGAUGGACAAACAGCCUGCUUCCUGUGCUGCUGUUGCAGAGGAUGUUGGACCUGGCCAAAACCACAAGUCUCACGGAGGGGUGAGAUGUGAUCUGUACGAGGUGUAAGCCCCAGAACCUCUGCCAGGACCUGAACACCAAAUCCUCACUUCCCAAAGGCAGCAAAGCCCCAGAGUGCAAGGAGGUGACGGCGUCCAAAGGCAGAUCCCCAUCACAAAUCUGGGGACAGGGUGUGAAAAGGAGGUUGGAAUCCAUGCAUGCUGGUGGGAUCCUGGGGUGAGGAUGGAUGGCCUCAAAUCGUGGCUCUGGAUGGGACUUUUCCCUUUUAGCACCAGGGGGCACCAGCUCAGCAAAAUCCUGUCGAAUGGGAGCUGAGCCUCCAAGGUGGAAAACAGUGGAAAUGAGAAAAUGGGUUCAGGGAGUCAGAGGAAGGCAUGGCACCCACCUACGUGGCCCCAUCCUGCCCAUCCCCAAGCUCCCAAUGUACCCUGGAGCUCAGCACUCCCCCUUUAUCCCCAACACCUCAGACAAAGCCAGCACAGUGCAAGAGGACUUUAUUAGAUCUGCUAUUUACAAUGGGUCCUGCUGAUAUCCCAGCUGCUCAGAGGCCGGGCUGCUUGCCCUGCUGCUGCCUGUUGGCCAGGUGCAUCAGCCUC